AUUUGUAAAGUGCAAAUGAGAUUUGGCACUUUAAUUGUGUAUUGUGAGCAAAAUGCCAAAGAAAGCUCCAUCACUGAGGUCGUCUACGAGACCGAAACCUCAGCCUGCACCAGCGCCUGCGCCGAAAAGACCGCCUCUUAGAACGCCGAGCGCGUCUUACUCAAGACCCCCGCCAAGUCAUCCACCACCAACGAUAAAAAAUGAGGGACCGUUGAGACCUCCACCGGGUGUAGGCGCUGCACAAAGAUCAAGAUCUUAUGAAGCCGAAAGUCGGCGUCCACGGUAUCCCCCUUCAUCGAGUCCAAGACAAUCUUACUAUGAGCGACCAAGGCGUCGGGACUCAGGCUUCAGGUCUGUGUCGCCUCAAGCGAGACCGCCUCCACCGGCACCUGUGCAGCGAGCGCUGAGACGGCGCAUGACGAGAGAUUCGGACUGGAUGUCGGAAGAUGAGAGUAGGCCUACAUCCCGUCGCAGAUCUCCGACUCCAGAACGUCGUCAAAAGCCUCGACCUCAUGGAACUGAAACACCACCGUUCCCGCACUCUCCAAAGCCUGCGGUCGCACGUCCGCCUAUGAGGUCUUACCCGACGGACAGCUCACGACCAGAUCCGAGAAGACGUCCAUCCUAUGAGCCGCCGCCGUCACCAAGGCGUCCUCUUGGAGCUGGGAAGAGAUCGCCGCCGUCAGUGUACAGGCCAGCACCUCACUUGGCUGCAGACAUGCUACGAGGACGACCUCGAUCAAGGGGAGAUUCACCACUUCGUUCUCAUGAAAGGCAUGAAACGGUGAGUAACGGCAGAAGACCAAGCUAUUCCGGUGCUGGGAAUUCACAGCCUUCCUCUCGAAGGCACUCUGUCAAGUCUCCAGAGCAACAGGAAGCCAAACCGGCCGAGAAGCCUGUUGAGAAGGAGCCUAAGAAGAAGGGCUUUGACUUCAUGAAACAUUUCCCUCAAGCCGUCGCUGCCUACGCUGGCAUCGAAGCGCUGGGUAAGCACGCCGACACGGCCAAAGAAUGGACAGAUUGGUUCAUGAAGCUACAAAAAACUCCCGAGGAGAUCCAUGAACUAUCAGCCAAGGCGACAACAGCAAGAGACACCAUCACUCAGAUUCAGAAUACAUUGGAAGCACGACCUGACAUCAUUGAGGGAGAUGAUGCGAAGCCCAUGCGGAAGCAGAUUGAUGAAGCGAUCAGGAAUGCGACAGCCGCACUGGACGAAAUGACGAAGCUCCUUCAAGAGAUUAGCAGUGAUGGGUUAGAAGGGACGAUGUUUGGUGGCCUUGAGGAGUUUUAUAACUCUUACAAGUAUAAGGAUGAGUGGGAGGAGAAGAUCAAGUUGGCUGAUGGCGAGCUGGAGAAGCAAUUGGCUGCUCUUAGCAAACUCAUGGUCAACAUUUACUCACGUGCUCUAAUGAAGCCCGCUCCACCCGGCUUCGACAAUCCUGUACCACCGCCUGCCCCUGGGCAGUCUUCGAGUUCUCCCGAUGCGCGACGGUCGAGUACAGCGCAGCCGCAGACAAAGUCAAGGGCGGGAUCAAUUGACCUUGAUCCUCCUCCCGUGGGACGAUAUCGGAAGUCGGUUGAUGAAGAUAUUGCAAGGUCGACACCCUCUGAUGUCUCAACUGAACCCAAAAUUGAGACUACGAAAGACGCUGCGCCGGACGAGAAGCCCGAAGAGCCUGAGAAGGGCGGCGGUAGACCUGAGGCUCAGGAUACUACGGAUCAAGCUACUCCAGAGUCUCCUAAGGGUGUGAAGCUCAAGGUUGACGAUGACCUGGCCGAUCUUCCAACACCAUCACCCAAGGCCGAACCUGCAAAGCCAACAGAGGUGCCAUUGAAGAAAGAAGAACCCACAGGCAUCAAGCCCGCGCAACCCACUCCAGUUGAAGCCAAACCCCCAAAGCCACCAGCACCUGCAGAAAACCCCGAAGAACUUCUCCUCGACGCCGCAUGGAGUGGCGAUAUCCAAGCCUGCACCAACGCCCUCCGCCACGCCUCCCCCUCAACCCGCGAUCAAAACGGCUUCACACCCCUCCACCUCGCCGCUGAACGCGACCACCUCGCAAUAGCAAUGCUCCUCCUCGACUCCUCCGCCAACCCAAACGCGCGCGCCAACGGGGGCCGCACACCCCUCCACCUCGCAGCGCGCUACGCAUCCGCGGCACUUGUAGAACUACUGGUAGAUGACGCUCACGCUGAUCCUAACGCUCGUACAACGGAUGGACGUACGCCGUUGCACUAUGCUGCUAGUGUGGCGGAGGAUGGUGAUGAUGAGAAGAGGGAGGUUAUUAGGGUGUUGAGGGAUUGGAAGGCGGAUCCGACGAUUAAAGAUAAUAAGGGUAGGACGGCGAGGGAUGUAGCGCAGAGGAGGGAUUUCUGGGAUGUUUCGGCGACGUUGAGAAGGGCGGAGAAGAGGUGGGAGGAGGAGCAUCAUCAGAGUUGGUUUCAGAGGCAUGGGCUCAAGCGAUGAGAUAUAGAGUGACGGACGUCACAAUGGCAUACAGAUUUAUGAACCUCUGAAGAACGAGUUACGCAGCAAAGAUUCAUUACGCGUUGAUCGUGACAAGUAACACUCGGCAUACUCACGGUCAGAUCUAAGGUAGUCGAGUCAGAGCUAUCUCUACGAGAUUCAGAAUAAGC